GGCGCGGGGCGGAGUUUCCUACCGAGGCAGACGCUCCUUUUGUCGGAUUCGUUUGGAGUUGACUCCCCGGGUUUCACGGGUGAAAAACAGGCUCCUAGAAAGGCUCGGAACCGGCCGAACCGGGUCAGUUCUGAGCGGGACCCAACCGGGACUCCAGCAGAACCAGCAGAACCUCCUGAUGUUCAGGCUCUCACAGCUUCCUGUGUUGUUGUGCAGAGCAGUGAGGCGCCGCCUUUGGCUGCAGGAUGAACGGCAGCAGCAGCGUCUCUGCGGCCCAAAGUGUGCGGAUCAAAGCCGAAGCAGAUGAGUGGACUAAGGAUGACUGCCUGACCCUGCUGGAGCGGAUCCGCAGCCUGUUGCCGGACGGAGACGCCAUGAAGUAUAAAACCACAGAGUCGCACUUCGACUGGGACAAGGUCCGCUUCGGCAGCUUCACCGGGGACAUGUGCCGCCAGAAGUGGCUGAAGGUGUCCUCUGAGGUGCGAAAGUAUCGAACGAUGACGGAGCUCCUCGUGGACGCCAUGGAGCUGGUGAAGAACCCGUACAAAGGCAAGAAGCUGAAGACCCACCCAGACUUCCCCAAGAAGCCGCUGACGCCCUACUUCCGCUUCUUCAUGGAGAAACGGGCCAAAUACGCCAAGAUCCACCCCGAGAUGAGCAACCUGGACCUGACCAAGAUCCUCUCCAAGAAGUACAAGGAGCUGCCCGAAAAGAAAAAGCAAAAGUACAUCACAGAGUUCCAGCAAGAGAAGGAGGAGUUUGAGAAGAACAUGGCGCGCUUCAGGGAGGAGCAUCCGGAUCUUAUGGAGGAGAGGAAGAAGUCGGACCUUCCAGAAAAACCCAAAACCCCGCAGCAGCUGUGGUACAACCAUGAGAAGAAGGCCUACAUGAAGCUGCACCCAGAGGUGAGCCAGAAGGAGCUGAAGGAGGUUCUGAGGAGGCAGUGGUCCCAGCUGUCCGACAAGCGCCGCCUGAAGUGGAUCAGUAAGGCCCUGGAGCUGCAGAAGGACUACGAGGACAGUAUGAGGGUGUACCAUGAAGCCCACCCAGACGCCAACUCAGAGGACCACGUCCGCUCCGUCCUCACCAAGGCUGAGAGACAGCUGAAGGACAAGUUCGAUGGACGGCCCACCAAGCCUCCGCCGAACGGCUACUCGCUGUACUGCGCUGAGCUGAUGGUGAACAUGAAGGACGUCCCCAGCACGGAGCGCAUGGUGCUCUGCAGCAAGCAGUGGAAGAUGCUGACCCAGAAGGAGAAGGACAUGUUCCAGAAGCGCUGCGAGCAGAAAAAGAAGCAGUACGACAUCGACCUGCAGCGCUUCCUGGAGAGCCUUCCUGAGGAGGAGCGCGAGCGAGUCCUAUCAGAGGAGAAAAUGGGCGGGUCCAAGUUGAAUGUGUCUCAACACAGAGCAAAGUCUCCAUCACUGAAGGAGCGCAGUCGAGAGCCCGAGCUGGAGACCUGGAUACCUGCCGGAUCACCCAAAGACAGACGAGACGGAAAGAAGACAGUGAAGCUUCCAGAGACGCCAAAAACCGCUGAGGAGAUGUGGCAGCAUAGUGUGAUAGGAGACUACAUGGCCAAGUAUAGAAGCGACCGCAGGAAGGCGCAAGCAGCUAUGGACGCGGCCUGGAGGUCUAUGGAGAAGAAGGAGAAAAUUCCCUGGAUUAAGAAGGCGGCAGAGGACCAGAAGCGUUACGAGGUUCAGUACCAGUCUGUGAGGGAGCUGUUGGAGAUGCGAACACCGGCUGCAGGUCAGAGGAAACCCAAGUUUGAUGGGGAACCCAAGAAGCCCCCAGUGAGCGGGUAUCAGAUGUUCUCCCAGGAGCUGCUGACAAACGGAGAGCUGAACCACUUCAGCCUGAAGGAGCGCAUGGUGGAGAUCGGGAAAAGGUGGCAGAAGCUGAGCCAGAGUCAGAAGGACAAGUACAAGAAGCUGGUUGAGGAGCAGCAGGUGGAGUACAAGGUGGAACUGGAGGCCUGGGUUAAGUCGCUUUCCCCUCAGGAUCGAGCCAUCUACAAGGAGUUCUCCUCCUCGAAACGGCGCAGCACCACCAAGGCCACCAGCAGUCCCGUGGCUAAGGUCCACGUAACAGCCAAGGGGAAGGCAGGAGGCUCAAGAGCGGUGAAUCCAGGGGUCGGAGUGGGUAGGAGGGCCAUGGCGUACCGCGCUAAGAAGGACAUGUCUGACUCUGACGAAGAGGAGGAGAAGAGCAACUCCUCGGACUCUGAUGAAGAUGAUGAAACAUCAGGAAGCACCGACAGCGAGGACGAAGAUGAGAACGAUGAUGAGGAGGAGGAUGACGACGAUCAGUCCUCCUCCGAGGAAUCUAGUGAGUUGGACUCGGAUUAGCUCGGCCCCUCCUUCCUGUCGAAGAGGACCGGCUGUGCAGGCCACGCCCCCUGUCCUGCCAAUCAUCCAGGCUUACCAACGAGAGGCCGCGCCGUCCUUAGUGGGCGGAGCAUUUUGUUACACGCGUUUCCGUUUCGGUCGACUGUUGGUCUUUAUCUGACGGACGCUUUUUAGUCAAUUACAACUUCCUGUUUGUUUAUUAACCUGGGAAGGGGGAGGGGUUCCUACAUAUCCAGAGGAGGGGGCGGAGUCUGUCACCCCUGGGGGAGGAGUCAGGAAAGGAGAAACGAAAAUAAAUGCACUUUUUCCAAA